UUCGACGACCAAUCACAGCAGAGCUUGUCCAGCGACGAGCCAAUCAGCGGCCGAGGCUUCAGAUGUCGGUUUGUGGCGAGGACUGUUUUCAUGCAGUUGGCAAGAGUGUUUGAAGGGACGUUUAGCUGGAAAAACAUCGGGAGAAGCGUGUUUGCGUCGGGACGAGCCGAAAUGGACGCCCCAGCCCCAUCACCCCACAAAGAUUUUUAACGGUGACACCAGCAACUCCAGUCCGCCACAUCCUGGCCCCGCACAAACGCAGGAACCCAUUUCUAUGACACAUCCAAUUUAUGCCCAGCUUGAUUCGGUAGAAUCGCUGUUGGACGAACUCCCAUAUAUGUUUUAUCUGGGCCUGUUCUUUGUGAACGUCCUGAUCCUCUACUAUGCCUUUCUGAUGGAGUACAUCGUCCUGAAUGUGGGGAUAGUGUUUCUGCCUGAGGACAUGGACCAGGCGCUGGUGGACCUCGGGGUGCUGUCCGACCCGGCCUCUGUCCCAUAUGACACGGACACGGAGCUGGAUGUGUUUGAGGGGUACCUUGAGUGACAGGGCGGUCCUGGAGGACGAGCAGUGGAUUUAAG